ACAAGAGAUGAAGUAUAGGAGUGUGGCACGCGCAACGACCUUCCGAUCCAAACUGACAAUUCAUACCAACUGUCAAAUCGGAGACGAUUUCCGGUUGCCCGAGUCAUGCGGUUUUCAUAUGAAGGAGGGGAGACGGGUACGCUGGGGGAGGUGCAUGCACGUGCUGAGUACGUCUCGCCCGUGGUGAUAUGGGGACAACGACACGCGAACUUAGUCAAGUUCUCAGAAGCUCAGUGACUGGAGACGGGAGACGGCCGAGUGCUGUCCCGUCGUUAGAGAGGAAGGGCGAGGCUUCAGUGUUUCGUAAGCAGUGGUUCUCGACGUUGGCGAGGGCGGGCCAGCGCUUUCGGAAUGUGCAUGCGCGGGAGGGCGUAUCGAAUUCUACGACACGACGCAGCAAUAAUCACUUGAUCACUGAUGGUGCACGCAAAUUCUUUAAGAUCGGACAGCUACUCAUCACCUCAACCUAUCAUGUUGAUAUGCAGCGCUGGGUGCCAGUUCUUAUCUCGUGGGCAGGAGGAGAAACCGUGGGACAUUAUGCUGCUCACUUCACUGCUCUUUUUCGUUCGAUCUUGGAAGUCACACCCGAUGCACCUGAUACCUGGUUUGCCAAUGUUGUGGAUUUCAGUGAGACACAGAGACUUGGUUAUAUGCAGGCAUUCAUGAAAGUCCGGAAAUCCCCAGAACUUUACUGGCUGGACCAUCCUUAGCCAGGAGCACCUGGACCUGGUUGAAGAUUGUCUCCGAUUGCGAGUCGAAGAUUUGUACCGGUGAUGUAAGGAGCAAUACCCGGCAAUCAGUUACACGAAUCAAGAAUAAUUCCACGUUCAUCAGGUAUGAGGAUCAAGGCAGGUUUGAAAAGCUUGUGCUGCAAUUGGUUGACUGUGAAAAUACCGAAGAGUUUAAGAAAACUGCGGAAGAAAUCAGACAGGAGCUUGGAGAAGCCAUGGCCUGGCUAAAUUGGUGGAUCAAGCC